AUGACGGUCAUGGACCGUCCUCGGUUCCCUCCGCCUUUGUCACCUCCCUUGAACUACAACGCGGCAAACGGCAUUGGGACUGCGCUGCUGAGCAAUAGACCUAUGGUGGACAGGCUGGCGCCCACCUAUCAACCCAAUGGACAUUCCUCAAUAAGUCCAGGUUUAUUCCAACACCCGGGGCCCAGGUAUCCACCUGGCACUUACCAUCGCAACAGUAUCGGCCACUCUUACAUCCCUGACGGACUCUACUCCGGACAAAACAUGUCAGCUUCUAUACAUGAGAGCUCAGGCCCUGCUAAACAAGACGGUCCGCCUUUCGGCGACACGGUUGUCCUCUACCCUGUACUCACCGUGCGCACGCAGCAAUUGAUCCCCGAGAUCUCGGCCAGCAUACAGAAGGGCUUCUUUCAGGUGGACCGCAAGUGGACAUGUUAUCGAAGGAAUUAUUUUGCAGUUUCCUGCUCCUUCGCAUUCAAAAACCACGGGACUGAUGGGCCAUUCUAUCUCCAAAGGAAUGGUCACGAAGAACAGAUCCAGCAAUUUGCGGUUUCCAUUUCCGCCAAAACGGCGCUGACCGGAAGUGGCGAAAGCGAAAGCCGUGGUUUGGUUCAGCAUACCCCCAAGAGAGACAAGGCAACGGAGUCUGUGCCUGGACGGCAUUUGAUUUCACCAACCCCGAACCAGGCCAUGGGCCCAAACGGCGUAUUUCUGGGCGCGGGCUCUUUAUACGGUGGUUCGCAGCAUUUGCCACCCUCCAUGAUGGGAGGUUAUGGCGCUUUCGAAAACCCUGGCACAAAUUCGAUUCCAACAACACAUACUUUCGAGAGGAUUCAGUUCCAGAAGGCCACUGCCAAUAAUGGCAAACGCCGAGCGCAACAACAGUACUUCUUGGUGGUGGUCGAGCUGUCCGCCAAUAUAGCUCGCAGCCCUGGUGAUGAGAACUGGGUUGUGAUCGCUACCAAAGAAUCCGACCCAAUGGUGGUCCGGGGGAGAUCUCCUGGACAUUACAAGGACAAUGGACGACGCGACAGUCAGACAAGCAUGGAUCCCGAUCGAGGAGCUGGCCAGGGGGGAGAUGGGCCGGCGGGCUCACUUCCUCCAGGUAGCUACGGCCACCCUUCGAUGGACUGGAUGACCACCCAUCGGCAUAGCAACCAUUUUGGUGGGUCCACCUAUCGGCAGGCGCUGAAAGCUGGAUCAUCGCCAGCAAGCAUUGCUUCAUCAAGCACCUUGACCGGUACGCCAAUGGAGAUGGAAAUCAAUGUUUCCGAUAUACUCUCGAAAAAGUCGUCCUGCACUUUCUCGUCGGAGCAGUCUGUAUCGAGUCCAAUGUCGGGAGCUACCGAGGACCUGGUGUUCGAUUUCGACCGACAGCACUACAACAUGACACGGAAGAGGACCCAUGAGGAUGAUGAUGAUGCCGAUGAACACUUCCGCUUCAAUGUGCCAGCCCCAUUCACGGACAAUGUUUCGUCACUGAAUGACUUCUCCACAAUGCCAUACUCGAAACUUCUGUGUGCCUCAUGA